CGCAUUGCGGUCACUCUCACGGACGUGUUUUUUUUACAGCGGAUCGAAAAUAAAUUACUGCAAAGCUAAAUCACAAACGCUAGGGAUCGGCGAGCUCGAAAUCGAAUCAGUGCACCGGCCGACCGACGGACUUUAACUGCGCGCAAACUAACCGUAGGUUAAGUUAACGCUCCGCGCUGCAACCACUGCAGUUGCAUAACCGUUGCCGAAAAUCACAAGAGUCGGAGAAUCGCGGCCAGGCGAACGCCCCAAAAGUUCAAAGGACAAUAGAAAGUGGCAAGAGGAAGAGGACAGCGUGCUAAGAGCCCCUCCCCCAGGGGCCCCGUACCCUCCUCCGCCCACAAAGUGCCUUAACAAUACAGUGCGUUCCAAGUUAACCAAGUGCGCGUCCAAGUAGCUACCAACCGCCCAUUUCGGUGGAGCUUAAUCCGGAACUGGGAAGACAACGAAGAUGGCCCAGAACACGGCCGACACCCUCAUCCACCUGAUCGCCGGCGGAUCCGCUGGCACAGUGGGUGCCGUGGUCACAUGCCCCCUGGAGGUGGUGAAGACGCGCCUGCAGAGCUCCACGGCGUUCAUGACGCCGUCGCGGCUGGCGGAGAAUGCCGGAGGACCGGCGAACGGUGGCCAAUCGGAGCUGCUGCGGCCGGAACAACGACGUAAGCUAAGCACAACGAUAUUACGUAACAGAUCACAGCCACAGGUGAUUGGGGGUGUGCGUAGGAUCAUGGCCAUUUCACACUGCGGCAUCUCAUCCACAACGCCCAAAUCCAUGAGCAUCGUGCAGUGCCUGCGGCACAUUGUCCAGAACGAGGGUCCACGCGCCCUGUUCAAGGGUCUGGGUCCGAAUCUCGUGGGCGUGGCCCCAUCCCGUGCCAUUUACUUCUGCACCUACUCGCAAACCAAAAACACGCUCAACAGUCUGGGCUUUGUUGAACGUGACUCGCCACUGGUGCACAUCAUGAGCGCAGCGAGUGCCGGAUUCGUCUCCUCCACGGCCACGAAUCCCAUUUGGUUUGUGAAGACGCGGAUGCAGCUGGACUACAACUCCAAGGUGCAGAUGACCGUGCGGCAGUGCAUCGAGAGGGUCUACGCCCAGGGAGGCGUGGCGGCCUUCUACAAGGGCAUCACGGCCAGCUACUUCGGAAUCUGCGAGACCAUGGUGCACUUUGUCAUCUACGAGUUUAUCAAGUCCAAGCUGUUGGAGCAGCGGAAUCAGCGGCAUACGGACACCAAGGGAUCCCGCGACUUCCUGGAGUUCAUGAUGGCUGGCGCCGUUUCCAAAACCAUCGCCUCCUGCAUCGCCUACCCCCACGAAGUGGCUCGCACUCGUCUGCGAGAGGAGGGCAACAAGUACAACUCCUUCUGGCAGACCCUGCACACUGUUUGGAAGGAGGAGGGCAGAGCAGGACUCUAUAGAGGCUUGGCCACGCAGCUGGUGCGACAGAUCCCCAACACGGCGAUCAUGAUGGCCACCUACGAGGCGGUCGUCUACGUGCUCACACGGCGCUUCAACAACAAAUCGAACGAGUUCUACGACUUUUAGAUGCCUUUCGAAGGACUGGAGGAGGAACCCAAUCUGUGCAUAUGUAGACGCGACUGCUGCAACUUUGUGUAAUUUUACCCCUCGUUUUUAGACGAUCCAAACCAACGAGCGCAAAUUCUUAGUUAACUAGCUUUUAAGUCAGAUAUGAAACGAACUCGAUAGACUUAAGACGUUAGACGUUGAACGUUAGCCAACCAAUCGAAAAAAAAAACAAACAAAGAAACAAAAAACCAAUAAUGGGAAACACGCACCAGGACCGAAGUGCACCAUCCAAAUCUAGACCCACUUGCUGCAUGCUACAGAAGGAUCUGGAAUGCCACCGCAGGGGAAACGUUAUCAAAAUUUGAAAAGGCUGCUAUUUAGUUAAAGUUACAAUAUAUAUUGAGUGUAUAAAUGUGGUUGAUACUUGGAUAUAGUGUACAUAGGACUCGAUUCGCUCAGAGUGCAUUGUAAAUAGGUAAAGAGUGAGAGGGAGCUGGCGUAGUUUUCUUAGUUGUAAGCACAAAAUGUUGAAUCGGCCGCAGUUGCCAGUAGAUGCCGCUAUAUAUAUAGACAUAAAGCCGACCGAUCCGAUACGUAAUCUGUAAAAGUUUCCGUUAAGUUUCCUCAAAUGCGAUAUACGAUUUAGUUACCAUUACUCUACUAUAUUACUUUAACUAUAUUGAUACUAUUAUUGCUGUUUAUUUAGUCCAUUAGUUAGCUAGUUAGUUAGUUACCUUCCCCGCAAAACGUAUUUCACUGAUAACGAGCAAAGAACUAAGGAAACCACUGUGAAUAAUUGAUUGCAAUCCGAUUUGAUGGUGAAAUCAAUAAAUACAACAAUUUUGUUUAAAAAUAA